AUGGAUGCUGACGCCGAGUUCAAGGCCGAAGAGGCUGCCAAAGCGCUCAGCGGAACUCUUAGCUCCAUGAAGCACCAGCUUCAAGGAACACACGAUGCCGAAUCGAGCCCCGAGCAAAUCUACCAACUGGUGACUGGAAUUAUCGACGAGGAUCUACUCUAUCUUUUGGCUAUAUACCUCUGGCGACUGCCUUUCGAGUCACGCAAGGAUGCUCAGGUCAUCUUUAGCUACGUCUUCAGAUUUCGCCCUCCCACCGCGCCGCCCCAGAGCGACCCGAUUGCUCUUGACUGGGUUGUCAACAACCGGCCGCAGGUUCUCAUUGAGUUAUGCAAGGCGUACGAUCACAAAGAGAGCGCAACACCAGCGGGUUCAGUCCUGCGCGAAAUUCUACAGAAGAACGAGGCGGCCGCGGCGGUCAUUCUCUAUGAUGAUGGCGAGCAACCUGGAUCAAGCUACCAAGGAGCAUCUGGCAUCGAUACCAAUAGACAGCAGAGCGGCGCUGGUGUGUUCUGGAGGUUUUUCGACUGGAUUGACAAGAGCUCAUUUGAGGUUGCUGCUGAUGCGUUCACCACCUUCAGAGAGCUUCUGACCAAGCACAAAGAUCUUGUCCCGAGAUAUCUUUCUGUCAACUUCGAGCUCUUCUUCGACAAAUACAACAACAUCCUGGUACAGUCACAAAGCUACGUCACAAAGCGACAGUCUAUCAAGCUCCUGGGCGAGAUCCUCCUCGACCGCUCGAACUAUAAUGUCAUGACAGCGUAUGUCGACAGAGGCGAGCACCUGAAGAUCUGUAUGAACCUCCUGCGAGACGAUCGAAAGAUGGUCCAGUACGAGGGGUUCCACGUAUUCAAGGUCUUUGUUGCCAACCCGCACAAAUCCGUCGCCGUCCAGAAGAUCCUGCUCAUGAACCGCGAGAAACUGCUCAACUUCUUGUCUCAUUUCCUGGAGGACAGAACAGAUGACGAGCAGUUCAUUGAUGAGCGCGAGUUCCUGAUCAAACAGAUCAGAACCAUGCCGCCAACACCAGUCCCUCCUCAGCGCUAG